CUUCGUACUGACUGACUCCACUCCUAUAAACAUCCUAUCCAAGUGCAUGAAUAUAUCCAACAACUACAUCUACGUCAAACCCAGUUGACCAUGAACUAGCACCAUACAUAGAUCAUAGUACCCACGUUGAAUGGCAGAUAUGGACUCUCAAGUCCUACACCUCCUCAGUCAGUUUGACUCGCUGCAGACGAUUCCAGCUCGACGCGCAGCAUAUCGUGGUCUUCUCGACCGGUUAUCCUCUCACGAAUGGCGUGACGUACAGGAACGGGUGGGCACGGUGACCUUCCAGAAAGACAUCCUAGGGAGUGUACCCACCGAGAUUGCCGUCCAGAUUGCCAAAUAUCUGGAUUUAUCGGACCUCCAUGUUCUCCAGAGGGUUUCCAAAAAAUGGAUGUCAAUCUUGACAUUCAGCAUGGUCCGACGCAUUCUCAUCCAGAAGUACACCGGACAGAGCAGCAGCUCCCAAACAGCCCAGCCCCAAGCAGACUUCGUCCGCUUUUCCAAACAUCGAAUCCGUCUAGAGCGCGGGCAGCCUUGUUCCAAAUCCCAGCUCCCGGAGCCCCCCUUCCCCGAUGCCCCCGACCACCCAUGUCUCGACUACGCGCAUGGAAGAUAUGCAUGGCUGGCCGGCGAGUCCGUCGACGUCUACAGUCUCCGGUCCAACACGGCCCAGUCCUUUUGCACGGAGAACCGCGAGGCGUUCGUCAACCUACGCCUCUCUGAAUCUUUCAUCGCUGCUAUCACAAUUCGGGGACACUGCCAUGCCUGGUCCCUGAACACCCACAACACCGCGUCCAUCCGCCUACCCUCCUGCCACUGGCGCAUUCACGCCGCCCGCGGGGACUACAUCAUCCUCGGACCGUCAGAGACAUCCCCCCGCUCCAGCGACGUCGCCAUGGUCUGGAACGUAGCAUCACUUACCUGCCAGACCGUCGAAAUCGGCUCAAACCUAGUCUCCAUGGACAUCAACCCCGCCAAAAACACACUCAUCGUCACCAACCUCGACCCAAACCUCGAGUACCCGCCAGCUCAGCUGCGCAUCACACGCCACACACUAAACAAUACCUCACCCCCCUCUACCACCACCUCCACCCUCCCCCUCAACAUAAUGCCCCCAACCGCCACCCCAAACUCCUCAUACAGCAUCAGCCCCGAUAGCCUCGCCCAAUUCCGACUCAACAACCGCCUCGGCAUCCUCUCCAUCCGCCGACAACCGCCCCUCCUCGACCACAACGUGACGGCCUCAUCCUCCCGCACCCUCCUCGUCAUAUCCUACCACCCCCAACCAGACACCCACACCAUCCACGCCUUCCAAGCAGAACACUCCCCCUUCGUCCCCUUCAGUAUGGCGUCCCCCGCCGCGGGCCUCCUCUACUACCUCAAGAACGACAACGGCAAGCCCACGAUCUGGAUCUCGAACCCGGGGUCAAUGGUGCCUCAUAGGCCGGCGCUGGCGAUGGAUUCGCGGCUGCCGAGGGAGGCGACGGGGCGGGUGUAUUCUUAUGCGGGGGAUUUGAAGUUGUUUGGGGAUGAGGAGGCUGUUCUGCUGGCGGAUGGGAAUGGGUUGAAGGUUUGGUCGUUUGGGGAGGGGGGCUCUUUUGGGGUUGAUGUACGCUUGGAUGAAUAA